AAAAAAGUGAAAAAGGAAACGUAGCACAUUAGAGCCACUGUUCACGCGUGCCCAGUAAUUAGGGAGUUAAUUCAGCCAGUCAUGAAUUACUGCUAAUGGCAACCUAAAUUUGUCUGAGUUUUUCCAUAGAUAAUGACAGUUAUAAACUGACAAAGGAAAUGAGAUCGAAGAAGAGGACGACAACUGCUACUCCAUUUUAAUACUAUUCUAAACUUAGUGUUGAUUUUCUGUUUACAAUUGUGUGCAGAGACCACAUAACCAUAUAAGUCUAUCUUCAACAUGGGCUUCAUGAUGUUUUCUUUUGACUUAGCUUCGUGGUAACGUUCUUUCACAAACACACAGAAUGUUUAUAUUUUUAUUCAAAAACAUCAAUGUAUUAUUUUGUUUGACGUAAAUGCUGAGUUCAUCACUAUUCACCAAGUCUUCUCUCUGAGGUACCCUCCCCAUGUUGUCUCUCUCUUAAUCAAGAUUCUGAUUUUACUCGCUCUCUAUUUGACAUACCAAAUCAAUUCCGAAGUCGCACCCACGUUCCCAUUUGCCCACAUUUGAUGGGUAAUACUACUUACAGCCUUGCCAUUCCUCAUGUUUCAAGAUUCCUACCUCUAAUUCAGGAAACCUAGAGGUAAGUUGAGAGUAUUUUGAGCUACUAACAUUGUCAACCUCUAUUUGAGGGAUCUGGGUCUGUUUACUUUUCCUUAACUAUUGAAUCUGGCUGCUGCGGAGUUGGGUUUUGGUGCAUUCACAUUUUCUUUUUGGAUUCUGUUGAUCUGGGUUGUUAACACUUUUUUCUUUUGAGGGCUUAUAGGCUAGUGACUUCAAUUUGAGGCUCUGAUAUAGACAGUAGUAGUAAAGAUUUAGUUUUUGGAAAGAGGGGUUUUGCAUUCUUGGAUUAUCUGCUGGAUUUUUGGUUUGUUUGUGGAAAUGAAGGUUUUUUGAGAAAUCUCAAUGUGGAUUUUGGAGGGUUACUGCACAAUUCUUGAUCAAGAUUGUGACUUUUACUGAAAAUGGCCUCUCCAGAUUCUUCCCCUCCUCUUCUUCCAAUCCCAGUUUUGCCUGCAGCGUCACCUUCAAAUUCUAGUUCUAAUAGUACAUCUCCUCCUCCUCCUCCUGACUCUUCACCUCCACCUGCUCCUCCGGAUUCUUCAGUUCCACCUCCUCAAUCCCCUUCUCCACCGCCUCCGGCUACUCCUCCUCCAUCAGAGUCUAAAUCACCACCUCCAGCAGAAUCUCCUCCACCACCUGCGCCUUCACCUCCUCCUCCACCAGCAGCACCACCGCCUUCGGUAUCUCCACCGCCAAAGCCAUCAGUGUCACCACCACCACCACCUUCUCCUAAGGCUCCUCCACCAGCCAGUGCCCCUCCUCCAGUUUCACCUCCGCCCCCACCACCCGUAGAUUCUACACCUCCUGCCCCUCCUCCUUCCCCACCUCCUCCCCCUCCAGCAGUUUCGCCUUCUCCUCCACCACCAGUGAAACAUCAAGCACCACCCCCUGAUUCUCCACCUCCUGCACCCGUUGUAAACCCCGCUCCACCUCCUGCAUCAACACCCCCUCCAGCCUCACUGCCAUCUACUCCUCCACCUGUUCCGUUAACAUCUCCACCCCCUUCUAUUUCUCCUCCUACUCCCCCAAAUAAUACAUCAUUGCCUGUGGCUCCCCCUCCAUCUGUGCCUCGCCUUCCUACUACAGAGAAGCCCACUGCUAAAUCAACUGUCCCUAACCCUGCUAUCAAUGCAGAUUCUAGUCCCAGAAAUGGUGGAGGAAAUAAGACAGGAAGUGUGGUGGCAAUUGGUGUUGUUGCUGGGUUUUUGGCCCUUAGCUUGGUGAUUGUUGCUGUCUGGUUUACACGGAGGCGAAAGAAAAGAGAGAGUGCAUUUAAUCUCAAUUACCUGGGACCCUCUCCAUUUUCUUCCUCACCAAAUUCAGAUACAUCAUUCUUGAGAUCAAGGUCUCAACAUUCUGCUUAUUUAGCUCCAACCGGUUCGCAAAGCAAUUUUAUGUACUCUCCAGACCAUGGUGGUAUUGGAAAUUCAAGAUCAUGGUUCACUUAUGAAGAAUUAUCUGAGGCAACAAAUGGUUUUUCUCCUGAUACUGUUUUGGGUGAAGGUGGGUUCGGAUGUGUUUACAAAGGUGUUCUUAGUGACGGAAGAGAAGUCGCUGUAAAACAGCUAAAAAGUGGAAGUGGACAAGGGGAACGUGAGUUCAGAGCAGAAGUUGAGAUUAUCAGCCGUGUCCACCAUCGUCAUUUGGUUUCACUUGUUGGUUACUGUAUCUCAGAUCAGCAAAGGUUGCUUGUCUACGACUAUGUGCCAAACGACACGCUUGACUAUCACCUUCAUGGUAAAGGCAGGCCAACUAUGGAUUGGGCUACCCGAGUAAAAGUGGCUGCUGGUGCAGCACGUGGACUUGCUUAUCUGCAUGAAGACUGUCAUCCCCGCAUUAUCCAUAGGGAUAUUAAAUCAUCAAACAUCCUCUUGGAUAUCAAUUUUGAGGCACGGGUUGCAGAUUUUGGGCUUGCAAGGUUAGCAGGUGAUGCCAAUAAUACACAUGUGACAACUCGUGUGAUGGGAACCUUUGGAUACUUGGCCCCAGAGUAUGCAUCUAGUGGAAAGUUAACAGAGAAGUCUGAUGUUUAUUCAUAUGGCGUUGUGCUUUUGGAGCUUAUUACGGGGCGGAAACCUGUUGACCAGUCUCAACCCUUGGGUGAUGAAAGCCUGGUUGAAUGGGCUCGACCUUUGCUUGCUCAAGCACUUGAGACUGAAAAUUUUGACGAUUUAGUAGAUCCUAGGCUUGAAAAGAACUAUGUUGCGGGUGAGAUGUUCCGGAUGAUUGAAGCAGCAGCAGCUUGUGUGCGUCAUUCAGGCUCUAAGAGGCCUAAGAUGAGUCAGGUUGUUAGAGCUCUAGAUUCCAUGGAUGAGCUUUCAGAUCUGUCCAAUGGAAUGAAACCUGGGCAAAGUGAAAUUUUUGAUUCAAGGGAACAAUCCGCACAGAUAAGAAUGUUUCAAAAAAUGGCCUUUGGAAGUCAAGAGUACAGUUCAGAUUUCUUCAAUUACUCUCAAAGCAGCUAUAGAAGUUGAGUUCUCAAUGGCUCAUUAUCAAAAAAAAAUUUGCCCUGGUGCUCCUGUUCGGUGCAAAAUCCUGGCAAUUCGCGACGACAAGUGGUUUUUUUCAGAGAGAGAUCUGACUUGUAAUUACACUGUGCUAUUCUUUCUUUUUUGGCUAGCGCGGAAAUCUGCAUUCUUUUUUACUACUUUUUGUUGUUUCAUUAGAUCGAUCACACAGAAAACAAUUGGUUUUGUAGCAUUCUGAAAUUAAAAAUUCGAUUUAUACAAUGUAGAUAAUAUUAAUCAAAGUCGUUUGACUGA